AUGACCCCUCUUUCUCUCUCUCUCUCUCUCUUCAAUUCUCUUUAUCUCUCUGUCUUUCUCUGUCUUUCACUGUCUUUUUCUCUCUUUUUCAUUCUCGUUCUCUCUCUCUCUCUUUUCUCUCCCGCUCUGGCACUAAACAGAUUCUAUCUCUCUCUCUCUCUCUUUCUCUCUCUCACACACACACGCACAUGCACAGUCAUUCUCCCUUUACAUGACUUCUACCUUUCUAUCACUUCACUUGGCUUCUCUCUUCGCUGGCUCUCAAUUUAUAUGUCUUUUCUCUCUCUCUCUACAUUGUUUCUCUCUCAGCUCUCUCUCUCUUUCUUUCUCUCUCUCUCUCUCUCUCUCUCUCUUUAUAUAUAUAUGUCUUCUCUUUUUGUAUUCUCUCUCUCACUGUAUAUAACUUCUUUCUUUCCAUUCUCUUUCCCCCUUCAUGAUUUUACUCUCUUUCUCUCUCUACGUGCCCUCUUAUAUGACUUUUUGUGUUAUAUUUCUCUCUCUCUGCAUAUGACUUCUCACUUUCCAUUCUCUCUAUCUACAUGGCGUCUCCCUUUGCAAUCUCUCUCUCUCUCUCUCUCUCUCUCCGUACAAGAUUUCUGUCUUUACAUCCCUCUCUCUACAUGCCUUUCUCUUUACAUUCUCCCUCUCUCUCUCUCUCUCUCUCUCUGCACCAAUAAUGCAGUCUGUUUUAACCUUUUCAAAACAUAUUAUUGCAGGUGCCAGCCAAACACGUAUGGCUUAAAUUGUUCCGAAUCAGUUUCCAUAUGUAAAGAUGCGAAUCCCUGUCUUAAUGCGGCUAAUUGUAGUGAAUUUGGAGGAAAAGCUCAGUGUAAAUGCAAACAAGGUUUUACGGGAGUCGGUUGUCAGAUUGCUGUUGAUUUCUGCAAGUCUCAAAAAUGUGCCAAUGGCGGAACUUGUAUCCCUGAGAAAAAUAGUUACAAAUGUCACUGUCCAAAUGGAUUUAAGGGUCUUCAUUGCGAACAGAACACAAACGAUUGUACAACGACCUUGAAAACCUGUGAACAACCAGCACCUAUCGAGUGUCCAUUUGGAAAGACGGGAAGCAACUGUAACAAAAAUGUUUCGAGGGAUUAUGAUUUGGACUUUUAUCUCUACAAAAAGAACGGGAUCGCAACAUUAAAAUCUGCCGUAUUGAUUUCUGGAGAAAACUUUUCUAUCAGCUUGUGGGUCAGAUUCAAGGAAAUGAACGGACAAGGGACCUUCCUUAACUUGUUUAUGAUUAGAUCAAAUGGUAUUAUUGAUGAGAAGGUACCAGUUUUGCGCAUCAAUUUCCGGAUUAAUAACUUUGCAGAUUUUGAAAAGGUUACACAUCCAAUCAUUAAUUUCUUUGGCAAAAAAUGUAUUGUUAUUCUUGGUUGCUAUUUUGACGAGAAACAGAAUGCGCCUCUUGUCAACAAAGGAUUCUAUGGUGAAUUGGGUCAAGUCAAUUUGUACAGUAAAGAUCUUAAUUUUAAAACCGACGUCACUCAACUGGUUACCAAUCCAAAAGCAAGUCUCAGCAAUAUUUUAGUUGGUUGGGGAAAUUACCAACUGGGUAGAGGAGUCCGUAGGAUUGUCCCCAGUACUAUUAAUGGGAGUUCUUCCACAGUUGCUCAGACAUUUAUAGACACCAAGUACUGUCCACAAAUGGUCAGCAAUUAUGGUAACCAGGGAAGGACAUUAUUAAAAUGGGAUCCUCCACAAUUUACUGACUAUGUAGAAUUAAGACAGAAUUAUCGUCCAGGUACAACAGUCAUCUGGGGUCAUUAUGCAGUUACCUAUGAAGCCAAAGAUAAAAAUGACAAUGUCGCACUUUGUAACUUCAUGGUUUAUGCAAAAGGGGACAACUGUACGAAACCAGAAAAUCCCUAUGAAGGAACAACUCACUGUAAUUAUCAGGAAUUCCCCUAUUAUUCUUGUAAUAUAAACUGCAAUAAGGACCGAUCUCUAACUGCUCCUGCACCAUUACUCUUCACAUGCGGACCUUCAGGGAGUUGGCACCCAGAAAAGACAUACCUACCCAUGAGAUUUCCCUCAUGUGGCCUCAUCAAGACAACAGCAGUUUCCGUGACCCUCAAUCUUGAAUAUUCCAUCAAGUCGACAACUUGCGCUAUUGUUGUAAAAGCAAUGACACCCAAACUGACUGAAAUAAUGGAAAAGCUUAACGCUGAAAAUGCUUUUAUUCUUUGCAAAUUCAAAAACUGUUCAGACAUCAAAUGGAAUUUUAACUGCAAUGACAAAUUGAAUACUGUUCAAGAUCUAAAAGUUACUGCAAUCAUAAAUGCUCAGAACUCUUCAGUUCAUGAUAUCUUAACUGAAGCUGCUCUGGACAAACACUAUUUUGACUUUACAGAAUUUGUGAGUGGAGGAAAUUCAAUAAAUGACCGUUUCUCUUUGACUUCAACACAAACGUGCAACAAAGGUGAAGCACUGAUCCAAGGGCAAUGUGUUGAAUGCACUCCUGGAACUUACUUGAAUGUUAGCACUCACUGCGACCCAUGUCCAGUUGGAACAUACCAACCAAAUAUUGCUCAGACCAGCUGUAUUCCAUGUCCUGCAAACCAUACCACUUUAGGGACAGGUCAUAUGAAUAUCACUGGAUGCAAAGUCAAGUGCUUACCUGGUGAGUUCUUUGAUGUAAAAACUAACCAGUGCAAGAAGUGUGACAUUGUCAGUUAUCAGGACUUGGAAGGCCAAUUCUUUUGCAAGCCUUGUUUGUCUGGAAGAAGUACCAAACUGGAAGGGGCAAAAUCCGAAGACCAAUGUACAGAGACGUGUCCAGCUGGAUAUGAAUUUACCACUAACUGCACAGCAUGUCUGAUUGGGUUUUACCGUGAAAAUGGCACUGCAAACACAUGUCAGAAAUGUAGUAACAAAACAAUCACAUUUCGCACCGGUGCCACAAGUGUAAAAGAAUGCAAUAUUAGUGCUUGCUUUGCUGGUUCUUACCUUAAUGAAGACAACAAUACAUGCAUCUUGUGUCCAGAAGAUUCCUACCAAGAUGAGAUCAAUCAAAAUUCUUGUAAGCCAUGCCCAAGUGAGAGAUAUCGAACUGGAAAAAAAGGAGCCCAGAUGUUAGAUGACUGCAAAUUUUUCUGUGAAUCUGGUUUUGAAGCCAAGAAUAAAACCUGUUUGUCAUGUCCAAAAGGAACCUACAAAGAUAAUAAUGAAAACAUUUAUGGCCGUUGUCAAAUUUGUCCAGACUCCAGAACAACACGCAGUAUCAAUUCCACAUCAACAUUGAAUUGUACAACAUAUAAAUGCCAACAGGGUGAGCAACCAAUUGCUUCUCAAAAUGGUUGUGAACCGUGUCCACUAGGAACAUAUCAACCAGAAGCUGACCAAGAAAAAUGCCUCAAAUGUAAUGCCACUUACAGCACUCGGACAAAUGGAUCGAUUCUUGCCAAUUCUUGUGAAGUGUUCUGUGAUAGUGGAUAUGAAAGAGUUGCAGGAAAUUCUUCCUUGUGUAAACCCUGUGGAAUUGGUUAUUUCAAAGACAACAGUCUGGGUCUGUUUACAACAUGUCAGCUUUGCCGCAAUGGUAAACUUACUGAAAAAACUGCUUCAAUCUCAGAAGCAAACUGCACAAAAGCCAACUGUUCAGCUGGUCAAUACUUGGAUGUUGCCCUGAAAAAAUGCAUUGAUUGUGAUUAUGGUGACUACCAGGAUGAAAAGUGGAAAACAUUUUGUAAAAAAUGUCCAUCAAAUUAUACAACAUAUAUAAGGGGAGCCAAAACAAACACUUCCUGUUAUUUGUCCUGUGAUUCUGGUUCUGAAUUGGUCAAUGGUAAAUGCCAGUUGUGUCCAAUUGGAUAUUAUCGAAACAAUACCAUCACAAAUCAGAUGUCUUGCUCACUCUGUCCUGAUCCAAAAUAUGUGACUGAAAAAGAAGGCGCAGUUUCUCCUCAACAAUGUACAGUCGCUAAUUGUUCUGCUGGGUUUUACCUUGGUCCAAACAACACAUGUUUGGAAUGUCCUCUCAAUAACUAUCAAAAUGUCUCCUUCCAAAAAAAAUGUCUGCCAUGCGCUUCUGGUUUUAAAACCUGGAAAACAGGGUCUGCAUCUUGUGACCGAAUUUGUCCAGAUGGAGAGGAGAAUAAGAAUGGUGUGUGCACCAAGUGCCAAGUUGGAUUUUAUCGCAAAAAUGAUAGUGAAUUCUGCAAAAAAUGUCCAAAUGAAUUCUUAACAAAGGAAGAAGGAGCCAAAAAUGAAUCUUCUUGUAUUAUACCACCCUGUAAGGCUGGGCAAUAUUAUAAUGGCAGCAUCUGUAAGAAAUGUGCCAAAGAUUCAUUCCAAGAUAAGGAAUAUCAGAAAUCCUGCAAGAAGUGCCCAGGUGGAAAAUAUACCAAGACAGAUGGUGCCACAAAAGAAUCCGAUUGCCUCAGUUACUGUGUCAUGAAAACUCACAACUGCUCAAAGAAUUCAACAUGUAAAGAUGAUCCAAAAGGAUUCACAUGCGAGUGCAACAAAAACUAUAUUGAGCAAGGAAGCAAAUGUAUAUAUGCCUGUGAUACAAAUUAUUGUAAAAAUGGUGCAACAUGCAGUCGGGGUGCUACAGUCAUUUGUGCCUGCACAAAAUAUUUUGAUGGCCCCAGAUGUGAACAUCAGUUGUCGGCUAAAGAAGUUUCCGAGGAGACCACCAAUUCCAUCAUUGGUGCCGUUGUUGGUGUCCUGGCUGGAAUUCUCAUCAUUAUCCUCAUCGUCACUUAUGUAUGCGUUCGUAUGAGAAAACCCCAGAAGUUGAACACUGUUCAGGAGAAUGGGUCAUUUGGUGGGACCCUCUCGACCAAGAUGGUUCCAACUUACAUGCCGAUUCGCUCACUAGGUACCCAGUCCUUUGCAGAUCAGGAAACCCAACUCAAUUCAUACACAAAUGCUGCUUACGAUGAAGAUAAUGACCCGGCCAUUUUCAGGUCCUAA